AUGGAAUCCACAACAGCAUCAUCAUCGCUUUCAUUUUCCUCGAGUACUGUAGGAGAUUCGGUAGAACUGGACGCGAAUCUAACCCUCAGCGAUAGGCUUAAGGUCUUCAAGACCUCUGGCUUCGAUCCCGAUGCCUAUGUCACCUCCAAAUGCCAGACCAUGAAUGAAAAGGAGAUAAGGCACUUGUGCUCUUACCUUGUCGAUCUGAAGAAGGCGUCUGCCGAGGAAAUGCGUAGAAGUGUCUACGCUAAUUAUCCAGCCUUCAUCCGCGUAUCAAGGGAGAUUUCAAAUCUGGAGGGCCAGCUCCUCUCGAUGAGAAAUCUCCUGUCUACACAGGCUGCUCUUGUUCAUGGUUUAGCUGAGGGAGUUCAAAAAGAUUCCUUGUCUGCUGGUCCUGAAGAUUCAACUGCAGAGGAAGUAUUGUACGAGAAUAAGGAACUUUCCAAGAUAGAAAAUUGGUUACUAGAAUUUUUGGACACGCUUGAAGUCCUGUUGGCUGAGAGAAGAGUGGAUGAAUCGUUGGCAGCCUUGGAGGAAGCGGAAAGUAUAGCAGAAGAAGCCAAAAAGAGGCAAACAUUGAGCCAGACCAAUCUGCUAUCGCUGCAGAAUGCCAUCACCGAACAGAGACAAAAACUAGCCGAGCAACUUGAAGAGACAAUCUGCCAACCUUCUACUCGUGGUUCUGUGCUUCGUUCAGCUGUUUUGGCCAUGAAAAGACUUGGGGAUGGCCCUCGUGCCCAUACUUUGCUACUUAACUCUCACCACCGGAAAUUACGGUGUAAUAUGCAGAGUCUUCGUCCAUCAAAUGCUUCAUAUGGAGCAGCAUAUACAGUUAUACUCUCCCAGCUUGUUUUUUCCACCAUUGGGCAAGCAGCAAGCGAUUCAUUGUCACUUUUUGGAGAGGAUUCUGCAUAUGCUUCUGAGCUUGUAACUUGGGCUGUCAGAGAAGUUGAGGCUUUUGGUCUUCUUCUCAAGAGGCAUGUUCUGGCCUCCUCAGCGGCUUCUGGGGGCUUUAGAGUUGCUGCCGAGUGUGUUCAUGCAUGCUUUGCUCACUGUUCUUUGCUAGAAGCUCGUGGAUUGGCGCUUUCUCCUGUCCUGUUGAGACUCUUUAGGCCCUGCGUUGAACAGGCAUUAAACACCAACUUAAAAAGAAUUGAACAGAGCAGUGCUGCACUUGCUGCCGCGGAUGAUUGGUCGCUUGCGUUUCCAGCUGCUGGUACGCGUCUGAGCUCAACUACAUCUCUUGGUAGUACCAUGAAUGCAUCCCAGCCAAAGCUUUCAGUCAGUGCUCAGAGAUUCAAUUUAAUGGUCCAGGAAUUUUUCGAGGAUGUGGAACCCCUUGAGAGCUUGCAGUUGGAUGGUCCAGCGUUAGAAGGGGUUUUACAAGUUUUCAGCUCCUAUGUCAACUUGUUAAUAAAUGCAUUACCGAGCUCAAUGGACGAUGACGAGAACCCUGAAGGUUUUGGGAAAAAAAUUGUUAGGAUGGCCGAGACUGAAGCCCAACAGAUAGCGCUGCUAGCAAAUGCAUCGUUGCUAGCAGAUGAGCUUAUCCCGCGUGCUGCCAUGAAGCUUUUGCAGUUGCAGAAGACAAACAGAGUCGAGGAGCCCCCUAGAAAAGCUGCAGACAGGCAAAGCCGUCUUCCGGAGCAAAGGGAAUGCAAGAGAAGGCUUCAGCGCUACGUUGACCGCCUGCGAGACAGCUUUUGCCGACAGCACGCCCUUGAAAUAAUCUUCACAGAAGAUGGUGACACUAGUCUCAGUGCACAUAUGUACAUAAAUAUGGAUGGUGCUGCAGAUCAUGAGCCUGAAUGGUUUCCGUCUCCAAUUUUUCAGGAACUUUUUGCGAAACUCUCACGGAUGGCAGGCAUUGCAACAGAUAUGUUUGUGGGAAGGGAAAGGUUUGCUACCGUUCUAUUAAUGAGACUCACAGAGACUGUGAUCCUUUGGCUUUCUGAUGACCAGACGUUUUGGGGAGAGAUAGAGGAGGGGCCAAAGCCUUUAGGUCCUCUUGGCCUUCAACAGUUGUAUUUGGAUAUGGAGUUUGUGAUACUCUUUACAUCCCAAGGCCGCUACUUAUCUCGCCAUCUGCAUCAAGUUAUCAAGAACAUUAUAUCCAGAGCUAUAGAUGCAGUUGCUGCCACUGGUUUGGAUCCUUACAGUGUCUUGCCAGAGGAUGACUGGUUUGCUGAAGUUGCUCAAAUAGCAAUAAAAAUUUUGACUGGGAAAGCCAACUUUGGUAAUGUAGAUCGAGAUGCGACAAGCCCCACAGCAUCUGUAUCAGGAAAGUCUAUAUCAUCAGUUUUAUCUCAUGGGAGUAACUAGAGACUCUUGGCCAUUCAAAGGGCAUUCGGGCUGGCCACCAGAAGAAAAUGAGGUCCAUUCCCUUUAGUGUAAAAUAUGAUAUAAUUUUAGUCAUUCACAUUAUGUUGAUAAGUGAUAUGAUCAAAAUAUCUUGCUUAAAAUGGAGUACUGGAUCCUAAUCCAUUCUGAAAUCUAGCCUCUCAUGUCACUCUGCCUUGUGAUUUAAUUAAUGAGUUGCCUAUGAUCUCUGAGA